UCGCUGCUGCGGAGCCGGAGGCGCUGGACUAGGGGACUGAGCGGGGACUGGGACAGGGGCUGCACUGGCGGUGGCGGCGGCAGAGAGCCGGGAUUUGGCCUGAAGUUUGGUUAACACCUACCCAUCCUUAGAGCUGCUGCAUCCAAGUGUUGUAUUGCAGAAAGCGACUCCCGGAACAUCUCGCCUGUAUGAACUCUUGAGCUGGCAAGGGAUCUGAGAGGCUUAUGAGGAGGUUCUGUCAGGCAAAAACAGUGCCUAGCAAAGAUACCGAGGAGGAGGGAAAAGGAGAAGGGGGAGGGGGAGCGGAGCUGAGACUCUAGCAAACCAUGAGAUCUAUCCGAUCUUUUGCUAAUGAUGACCGCCAUGUUAUGGUGAAACAUUCAACCAUUUAUCCAUCUCCAGAGGAACUUGAAGCUGUCCAGAACAUGGUAUCAACAGUCGAAUGUGCCCUUAAACAUGUCUCCGAUUGGAUGGAUGAAAUGAACAAGUCUGUGAAAAUCGAGGGAGACGGGGAAGCAAAAGAGGAAGCUGCAGAAAGUAAUGCCAAGGAUCAAGGUGGUCGGACCUUAUGUGGUGUGAUGAGAAUUGGUUUGGUUGCAAAGGGCUUGCUGAUAAAGGAUGACAUGGAUUUGGAGCUGGUUCUCAUGUGCAAAGAAAAACCCACGAAGACCUUGUUAUAUACAGUCAAAGACAAUCUCCCAAUCCAAAUUCAGAAGCUUACAGAAGAGAAGUACCACGUGGAGCAAUGUGUGAAUGAGGCAGCUAUUAUUAUUCAUAACACAAAGGAGCCCACCCUAACACUGAAGGUGAUACUUACAUCUCCUCUCAUUCGUGAGGAAACGGAGAAGGACGGAGUAGAUAAUGUUGCGAUGAAAGAUCCUCCGGACUUAUUGGACAGGCAGAAAUGCCUGGAGGCCUUGGCCUCUCUGCGGCACGCCAAAUGGUUUCAGGCCAGGGCAAAUGGACUAAAAUCAUGUGUAAUUGUUCUACGUAUUCUGCGUGAUUUGUGCAACAGAGUCCCCACAUGGGCACCGCUAAAAGGAUGGCCACUAGAGCUUAUAUGUGAAAAAUCUAUAGGUACUUGUAAUAGACCCUUGGGUGCUGGAGAGGCUUUAAGACGAGUGAUGGAGUGUUUGGCGUCUGGAAUUCUGCUUCCUGGGGGCCCUGGCCUGCAUGAUCCCUGUGAGCGGGAGCCAACAGAUGCUUUGUCCUAUAUGACAGUGCAGCAAAAAGAAGCCAUUACACACAGUGCUCAGCAUGCGCUCAGGCUAUCAGCCUUUGGUCAGAUCUAUAAGGUGCUCGAAAUGGAUCCUCUCCCAUCAAAUAAAUCCUUUCAAAAAUAUUCCUGGUCGGUUACUGACAAAGAAGGUGCAGGCUCCUCUGCUCUGAAACGGCCAUUUGAAGAUGGAUUAGGGGAUGAUAAAGAUCCAAAUAAAAAGAUGAAGCGCAACUUGAGGAAAAUCUUAGACAGUAAAGCAAUCGAUCUCAUGAAUGCUCUGAUGAGACUGAACCAAAUCAGGCCAGGGCUUCAGUAUAAGCUUCUGUCACAGUCGGGUCCAGUCCAUGCCCCAGUCUUCACAAUGUCUGUAGAUGUUGAUGGUACGACCUAUGAAGCAUCAGGACCUUCUAAGAAAACGGCCAAGCUCCAUGUGGCUGUGAAGGUAUUACAAGCAAUGGGCUACCCAACUGGCUUUGAUGCAGACAUUGAGUGCAUGAGCUCUGAUGAAAAAUCAGAUACCGAAGGCAAAAACGAGACUGUCUCUUCAAACUCAAGCAAUAAUACUGGAAGUUCUGCAAUUGACACCUCCUCUACCUUAGAGGUGAGAACUCAGGGCCCUAUCCUCACAGCAAGUGGCAAAAACCCAGUGAUGGAGCUAAAUGAAAAAAGAAGAGGUCUUAAGUAUGAGCUCAUCUCUGAGACAGGUGGGAGCCAUGAUAAGCGCUUUGUAAUGGAGGUAGAAGUAGAUGGGCAGAAGUUCAGAGGCGCAGGUCCAAAUAAGAAGGUGGCAAAAGCGAGCGCUGCUUUAGCAGCACUUGAGAAGCUGUUUUCUGGGCCUAAUGCAGCCAACAAUAAGAAAAAGAAGAUUCUCCCUCAGACUAAAGGAGUUGUAAAUACAGCUGUGUCUGCAGCAGUCCAGGCUGCUCGAGGCAGAGGACGAGGCGCUUUAGCACGAGGGGCAUUUGUUGGGGCAGCCGCUGCUACUGGAUACAUAGCACCAGGCUAUGGGGCACCUUAUGGGUACAGCCCAGCUGCGCCAGCCUACGGUGGUUUUUUCAUUGACAGUCCCUAUUGCCAGCCUCUCAGCAUCGCACCUCUUAUUGUUCACUUGGGCCCUCAAGAUUUCUUCUCUGACUUCUAGAACCAUCAGGUUGUGUGGCUCGAAAUGGCUAUUUAUAGAUGUCUUAAAAACAAGAACAAACAUGACUCGUUUUGAGGGGGUCUCAGCUUCAAAUAUGGACUCUGAGCUUUUCCUUUUUGAAAAGAUUUUUUCCCUGAACUCAGAUCCUUUUUAAUAAAAGCAAUACUUAUUCCAAGCCACAGUCCUUCCUUGGGAUACGUAGCAAUAGAUGUGCAUACAUGUCUCUUGGUUAUUUCUUCACGCAGAAAGAAGAGACCAAUGUAUAAAACUUGGACUUAAUUAAAAAUUGGUUGGGCUCCCAAUUUAAUCAGUUAACUCCGUUUAGCUUUCACCACUUAAAUCAGAAUUUUAACUGAACAAUUGUGCUCAAGUCUUUAGUAUCCAAGUUCAACUGGAAACUGUCACCAAGGCUUACAGUGGCUAUUCUUGAAUCCAGAGCUGCUACAUGAAAGGCAGCAAACAUUCCACCUUUUCUCCCAAGUAUAACUGAACUAAUGUGUCUCAACCAUGCCUCACAAUCAUAUGGUGAAAUGGUGGAAGGAUUAGGUCACUUCACUUCUGAAAUGGAUCUUCCCCCCC